UCUCAGCCGCGAGCUCCCGGCGGCGCUGGCGGGCUGUGGCCGGGCGCCCGGGCUCAGACUCCGGCUUGUCCCGAGGCUCGAGGCAGCUGCACCCCUGCCCUCCUGCCUCGCCAGCGUCGGUGACUGCCUCGGGGGCACUUUGAUUCGAGCAGGGCAGCGCCCCAGGGACCGAGUAAGCUUCGCAGGACAACAUAGAAGAACAAAAUGGAAACAACACUAUUUUGGCUGAUACUUUUCACCCUUGGGUGGACUCUCAUCGAUGGAUCUGAAAUGGAACGAGAUUUUAUGUGGCACUUGAGAAAAAUACCCCGGCUUGUCAGUGAAAGGACCUUCCAUCUCACCAGCCCCACCUUUGAAGCAGACGCUAAGAUGGUGUUAAAUCAAGCGUGUGGCAUCGAAUGCCAGAAAGAACUCCCGGCUCCCAAACUUUCUGACCUGGAAGACUCUCUCUCAUAUGAGACUGUCUUUGAGAAUGGCACCCGAACCUUGACCAGAGUGAAAGUUCAAGGUUGGGUCCCUGAGCCACAUGAAAAUUUCACUGCACAGGGAGCACCUGUGAGGAGAAAGAGACAGGUGUACGGCACUGACAGCAGGUUCAGCAUCUUGGACAAGAGAUUCUUAACCAAUUUCCCUUUCAAUACGGCCGUGAAGCUCUCCACGGGCUGCAGUGGUAUCCUCAUCUCCCCCAACCACGUCCUAACAGCUGCCCAUUGUGUCCACGAUGGAAACGACUACAUCAAAGGCAGCAAAAAGCUAAGGGUAGGGUUGUUGAAGAUGAGAAAUAAAGGUAGUGGCAAGAAACAAAGAGGUUCUAGGAGGGGCAGGAGGGAAGCAAGGGGUGGUGAUAGAAGAGAAGGUAGCAGAGAGAAGCUGAAGGAGAGCACCAAGGCCGGAAGAAGGAGAAAGGAAUCUGCUCGGGGUCAGAGAGCCACUGACGGGAUGCCCUCCUUCCAGUGGACCCGAGUCAAGAACACCCACAUCCCCAAAGGCUGGGCUAGAGGAGGGAGGGGAGACGCGGCCUUGGACUACGACUACGCCCUUCUGGAGCUGAAGCGUGGUCACAAAAAGAAAUACAUGGAGCUGGGUAUCAGUCCUACCAUCAAGAAGCUUCCAGGCGGGAUGAUCCACUUCUCAGGAUUUGAUCACGACAGGGCAGAUCAGUUAGUCUACCGGUUUUGCAGUGUGUCCGAUGAAUCCAGUGAUCUUCUCUAUCAAUACUGCGAUGCCGAGUCAGGCUCCACUGGCUCUGGGGUCUAUCUGCGUCUGAAAGAUCCAGACAAAAAGAGAUGGAAACGCAAAAUCAUUGCGGUCUAUUCCGGCCACCAGUGGGUGGACAUAAACGGAGUUCAGAAGGACUACAACGUGGCCGUGCGCAUCACGCCCCUCAAGUAUGCCCAGAUCUGCCUCUGGAUGCACGGGGAUGAUGCCAGUUGCACCUAUGGCUAACGGAUCCCUGAAACGAGGUUGUGGAUGACCUACAUUGCAGAGAAAACUGGUUCUGAUUACUCUAGUAAAGAUCACUUCAUAGGUUUUGCUUGGACUUGAACCCUAUCAAUAGUAUUUCAACAUGUUUAUUUUUUCAAAAUAAGGAGCUUUUCAUACAUUUUAAAAAUGUGUAGGUACACAUCCUACAAUUAGAUGGACACUUCAAUGCCAAGUAUAUAUUCUUCUUUACAUGGUGAUAAGUUUCACUGGUGGGAAAAUUUUUGUUUCUUUCUGCCUUAUUAAAGAUUAGACACUCUAAAAUUUCAAGCUGGUAUCAUAAAUAAUAUGUGAUUUCUCAAUGGACUAACUCUCAGGGUCCUACUCUAAGAAGAGGCUAAUAGGGUGCCGGUUGUGUAUUAAAUGUGAAACUGCAUAUACAGUGGUGGACGACUAGAAUCAAGUUGGAGACAGUUAUAACAGUUUGUACUACUCUGAGGUAGACCCAUUCAGCUCAUGCCCUCCAUGUUUAUACUGUGUUUUCCAUUGGGUCUGAGAAACUGUAGGUUUUUUUUUUCUUGCUUUUUUUUUUUUUUUAAGAAUUACAAUGAACAGCAAGCUUUAUAAACAAAACUAUUAACUGUUUUACUGCCUUAAAAAAUACCAACUGAAGUGUUAUUAUUUAUGGGAGAACUACUUUGUUCUAUGAAAUAAAUCUAAUUUAAAAACAGGGGGCCUCCCUGGUGGCGCAGUGGUUGAGAGUCCGCCUGCCGAUGCAGGGGAUACGGGUUCGUGCCCCGGUCUGGGAGGAUCCCAUAUGCCGCGGAGCGGCUGGGCCCGUGAGCCAUGGCCGCUGGGCCUGCGCAUCCGGAGCCUGCGCUCCGCAACGGGGGAGGCCACAACGGUGAGAGGCCCGCAUACCACCAAAAAAAAAAAAAAAAAAAAAAACAGGGAAACUGAGACAUUUUAAGAUCUCAAGUUUUUAUUUAACUAGUAUUCAGAACAUGGACUUUUCAAGUAUGCGUAGGAAGACAGUUCCAAAGUUAAUAAAUGAUGAGGUGUUGAAAGCCACAUCAUUUUAUACAGCUACACAGUCUCCUAUGAAUGAGGUGUUACAGUUUGAGACAAGGAAUUCCAUCGUCUUUUUUAAGAGAAAGCCUUUCUUCCCCUUGACAAAGUUCGCUUUUCUUAAUAGGGCCAUAGACAUAUUAUUUUGGUGAAUUCUCUGAUGAGCGAUUUUGGAUAUGUCCCUUUAACAAAAUGAGUAUAAUUUAUGAAUAUAAUUUUUAAAAGAAAGUUCUGAUCGUUUUCAUUAGGGACCAAGGCGGUGCACACACUCGGGCCAUCAUGGCAGCCUCAGCAGACAGAGUCCAGUGGCUGCCCUGGGGCAAAACACAGAGUAGACACUCAAUACAUAUUUCUUGAAUGAUCAGAUAUUUGCUGAAUGGUUGUACAAGCGGUUUAGUUCAGGCCAUUAUGUUUAAAGGGUUUUGGUGAUUUGUAAUUGAGUGCACUAUAAAAUUCAGGAGUUGCAGACCUUAUUUCUGGGCUGCUCUUCCUGGUAGUGUCUAGGGUACACACUCUUCUCUUGGGACACACCCAAGUCAUUGAUUCUACCAGAGUUCCAAUUUAUUUUACCUGUUAUUAUUUUCCAUAAUAAGGGGAAGAUAUACCCUUGACUAGUAUGCAAAGGAAUACAUGAUUAGAUUAUGUUAAAAAGUGAUUUUGUAAAUGGUGUUGAAAAUAGCUGAAAUUUAGCACAAGUUAUAUUCUUUUAU